AUGUCUUGUAAUUAUUUUAAAUUAUCUUUGUUUUCCAUCCUAUUUCCCGAUGAUCAAAUAUUUUAUAAUAAAAUAAAUACCGUUGAUAUUAUAAAUGCAACACCUAGGAUAUUACUAGCCGAAGCACAAGAAACAGAUAUAUUUAAGACACAUACAGGAGAAAAUUCACUGACAUACCCAACAGAUAAUAUAUUAGAGGAAAAUGAUACGGGAUAUCAUAAAACAUCCUCUACAUCUACAUUAAAUUAUGAUAUUCAUGAAGAACCUGAUAGUCAAACGGAACAGGUUGAAUUGGAAAAUGAGAAUAAUAAUAAUUCAGAUUUACAGAAAUCGCAUAAAAAUUCGAAUUGCAAAAAAAUGAAAAAAUCUGCUAUAAUAAUUUCAUUAAUAUUAUAUUUCCCAAUUCCUUUAUUAUAUCUUAUCCCACAUUAUGUACACAACAAAAAUAAAAAAAAAAAUAUCCAUGAAGAUCUAGUCAGCGUAUCAGAAAAAAAUAUAGAUGCCAUUUCUGUAUAG